UGCAAUAAUAAACUGUGGAUAUUUGUAUGUGAUAAAUAAAAUACAAAACAAUACGAAUUGUGAAAUAUCGCCUUUACAAACAAAACAGUUGGUGAUGGUGAAUUCUACGCGUAACUUUAUGAAGGUGGAUAAAUCCACGACUGCGUCUGCGACUACGAAUACAACUAUAUAUUGUGAUCGAUCUCGGAAAAAGCUGUUGCAAUAACGAUAACGAUAAGCAGAUGCUGGGUGGAGUGGGAGUCCGACGCAGAAGAAGCUCGUCACCGAUGACGCGCUUAACGAAUUCGAACGUAUUUAGCUUGGAUGACAACAUUGCUAUCAUUGGAGAUGGCAUCACCCGGAGUUGUGGACCUUCCUCCGGCCCGCCGUCGACUGGCAAGCUAAGGCACUCAGCCACAGGCAGAGGCAAUGAGAGUUUUCCAUUAGUUCAAACACGUCUCAACUUGGGUGAUAUAAUGUUGGAAGCAGCUCAGGAAGCAGUGCUAGCAGGGCAUCAACAGGACUCCUUAGGCGGGGGGCACUUGGGUCGAAAGGGAGCCCAUCGCUUAGCUGAUAGAAUGGGUGGCCCAAAAAAAGAGGAAAACCCACCAGGUGGUGGUCCGACGUCAUUGUUUAUCCUAACCGAGGAUAACCCAAUUCGAAAGUACACACGAUUCAUCAUUGAAUGGCCGCCCUUUGAGUACGCUGUGUUAUUGACAAUCAUCGCCAACUGUGUUGUGUUGGCACUAGAGGAACACUUGCCAGAAAGCGACAAGACAGUAUUGGCUCAAAAACUGGAAAAAACGGAGGCCUAUUUUAUAUGCAUUUUCUGUGUAGAAGCAUCGCUCAAGAUCAUUGCCUUAGGGCUUGUUCUGCAUAAACACUCCUAUCUCAGGAAUAUUUGGAACAUCAUGGAUUUUUUCGUUGUAGUGACGGGAUUCGUGACACUGUACCCAAAUUUGGGGCCCGAGGUAGACCUAAGAACACUUAGAGCCAUUCGUGUGCUACGGCCCUUAAAAUUAGUGUCUGGAAUUCCUAGUUUACAAGUAGUUUUAAAAUCUAUAAUCAAGGCGAUGGCACCUUUACUGCAAAUCGGUCUCUUGGUGUUGUUUGCAAUCGUAAUAUUCGCAAUCAUUGGACUCGAGUUUUAUUCGGGCACACUGCAUAAGACUUGUUAUAGCUUAGAAGAUCCAAACAAACUAGUGAAGGAAGGUGAAGUAGAGACACCCUGCAACUCAGAUAACAUCUUAGAAAAAGCGGGAGGCUCCUUUGUAUGUAAUAAUGCGACGAGCAUGUGUCUGGACAAAUGGGAUGGACCAAAUCAAGGCAUAACAAGCUUUGAUAAUAUUGGAUUUGCCAUGCUGACGGUAUUCCAGUGUAUCACAAUGGAAGGCUGGACUGCAAUACUAUAUUGGACCAACGACGCAUUGGGUUCAUCAUUUAAUUGGAUAUAUUUCGUGCCUCUUAUAGUUAUAGGCUCAUUUUUUAUGCUCAACUUAGUUCUUGGUGUUUUGAGUGGUGAAUUCGCAAAAGAACGAGAAAAAGUAGAAAAUAGACAAGAGUUUCUUAAACUUAGAAGGCAGCAGCAACUAGAAAGAGAGUUAAACGGCUAUGUUGAAUGGAUUUGUAAAGCUGAGGAGGUUAUAUUAGCCGAAGAAAGAACAACCGAAGAAGAGAAAAUGCAUAUUAUGGAAGCCCGUAGACGAAAUGCAGCCAAAAGAAAAAAGCUGAAAAGUUUGGGCAAAUCAAAGUCAACUGACACAGAAGAAGAGGAAGCUGAGGAAGAUUAUGGUGAUGACGGUUAUCUAAAAACUCGUUCGAAACCCCAAGGCAGUUGCACAGGAUUCUGGCGAGCCGAAAAAAGAUUCCGCUUCUGGAUACGCCACACAGUAAAAACACAAUGGUUCUAUUGGUUCGUCAUAGUUCUGGUGUUUCUGAACACAGUUUGCGUCGCUGUCGAACACUAUGGCCAGCCAACAUUUCUCACAGAGUUUUUAUAUUACGCGGAAUUCAUAUUCCUUGGCCUAUUCAUGUCGGAAAUGUUCAUUAAGAUGUACGCACUGGGACCUCGCAUUUACUUCGAAUCGUCGUUUAAUCGAUUUGAUUGUGUCGUCAUUAGUGGUUCGAUAUUCGAGGUGAUCUGGUCCGAAGUUAAAGGUGGCUCCUUCGGGUUAUCAGUGUUGCGUGCACUGCGACUGUUGCGCAUAUUCAAAGUCACCAAAUAUUGGUCGUCACUGCGCAAUCUAGUAAUUUCCCUGCUGAACUCAAUGAGAUCAAUUAUCUCGUUGCUGUUCCUGCUCUUCUUGUUCAUACUCAUAUUUGCACUGCUCGGCAUGCAGUUGUUCGGUGGUCAAUUCAAUUUGCCAGGAGGCACGCCUGAAACCAAUUUUAACACCUUCCCAAUAGCACUUUUAACCGUAUUUCAAAUCCUAACCGGCGAAGAUUGGAAUGAAGUUAUGUAUCAGGGUAUUAUAUCGCAAGGUGGUGCAAAGAAAGGAAUGAUUUACUCUAUAUACUUUAUCGUUUUGGUACUCUUCGGUAAUUAUACACUUUUAAAUGUGUUCUUGGCUAUCGCCGUCGAUAACUUGGCGAAUGCGCAAGAACUUACAGCAGCCGAAGAGGAACAAGUCGAAGAGGAUAAAGAGAAACAACUGCAAGAGCUAGAGAAAGAAAUGGAAGCCCUUCAAGGUGAUGGGGUUCACCUGGAGAAUGGUGAAGGCACUGUUGCCACUAGCAAAGGAAAAGGCAAAAAGAAGGUCGAAGAGAAAAAGGAGGAGGAAGAAGUAACGGAAGGGCCGAAGCCAAUGUUGCCAUAUUCAUCGAUGUUUAUACUUUCACCAACAAAUCCCAUACGACGUGGUGCCCAUUGGGUAGUUAAUUUACCAUAUUUUGAUUUCUUCAUAAUGGUCGUCAUCUCAAUGUCAUCAAUAGCAUUAGCAGCCGAAGAUCCCGUUCGUGAGAAUUCGAGGCGAAACGAAAUCUUGAAUUACUUUGAUUAUGCAUUUACCGGCGUAUUCACGAUAGAAAUGUUGCUGAAAAUUGUAGACUUGGGUGUAAUACUACAUCCUGGCAGCUAUUUAAGAGAAUUCUGGAAUAUUAUGGAUGCUGUGGUCGUUAUAUGCGCUGCUGUUAGUUUCGGUUUCGAUAUGAGCGGUAGCAGCGCUGGACAAAAUUUGUCAACCAUUAAAUCGCUUCGUGUAUUGCGUGUACUGCGUCCACUGAAGACCAUUAAACGUGUUCCAAAAUUGAAAGCCGUCUUCGAUUGCGUCGUGAACUCAUUGAAAAAUGUUGUUAACAUUCUAAUCGUGUACAUAUUGUUUCAAUUUAUAUUUUCUGUUAUUGGUGUACAAUUGUUCAAUGGAAAAUUUUUUUAUUGUACGGACGAAAGUAAACAUACUUCCGAAGAGUGCCAGGGCUCGUAUUUCAAAUACGAGGAAGACGAACUGCUGCCUAAACAAGAGAGGCGGGUGUGGAAGCCACGAAGCUUUCAUUAUGAUAACGUCGCCGCUGCCAUGCUGACGCUAUUCGCUGUACAGACCGGCGAGGGAUGGCCACAGGUCUUGCAACACUCAAUGGCUGCCACAUACGAAGAUAGGGGUCCAAUCCAAAAUUUCCGGAUCGAAAUGUCCAUCUUUUAUAUAGUAUAUUUUAUUGUAUUUCCAUUCUUCUUCGUCAACAUAUUCGUGGCCUUGAUUAUCAUUACAUUUCAAGAGCAAGGCGAAGCUGAAUUGCAAGAUGGCGAAAUUGACAAAAAUCAGAAAUCGUGUAUUGAUUUUACCAUCGGAGCUCGACCGCUUGAACGUUAUAUGCCGAAAAACCGAAACACUUUCAAGUACAAAGUGUGGCGCAUUGUUGUGUCAACACCAUUUGAAUACUUUAUCAUGAUGCUUAUUGUGUUCAAUACACUGCUAUUGAUGAUGAAGUACCAUAAUCAAGGUAAGAUGUACGAACAAUCACUCAAGUACAUCAACAUGGGAUUCACAGGCAUGUUCAGUGUUGAAACGGUAUUGAAGAUAAUCGGAUUCGGAGUCAAAAAUUUUUUCAAGGAUCCAUGGAAUAUUUUCGAUCUGAUUACCGUAUUGGGCAGCAUUGUGGAUGCACUCUGGAUGGAAUUCGGGUCGAACUCAAUCAACGUUGGCUUCCUGCGUUUGUUUCGUGCGGCGCGUCUCAUAAAAUUACUCCGUCAAGGAUAUACAAUACGCAUUCUACUUUGGACAUUUGUACAAUCAUUUAAAGCACUUCCAUACGUCUGUUUGCUUAUAGCAAUGCUAUUUUUUAUAUACGCCAUUAUUGGCAUGCAGGUAUUUGGAAAUAUCAAACUAGGUACAUUGGAAAAUUCUAUUACUAGGCACAACAACUUCCAGUCAUUUAUACAAGGCGUCAUGUUGCUCUUCAGAUGUGCGACGGGCGAGGCGUGGUCAAACAUAAUGCUCGCCUGUCUGAAGGGCAAAGCCUGUGACGAUGAUGCCGAAAAGGGUGCCGGGGAAUACUGUGGUUCGACAUUGGCCUACGCAUAUUUCGUAUCGUUUAUAUUCUUUUGUUCAUUUCUAAUGUUGAAUCUGUUCGUGGCCGUCAUCAUGGAUAAUUUUGAUUAUCUCACAAGGGACUCCAGUAUAUUGGGUGCUCAUCACUUAGACGAAUUUGUGCGCAUAUGGGCGGAAUAUGAUCCAAAUGCGACUGGUAGGAUACAUUAUACCGAAAUGUAUGAUAUGCUGAAAAACAUGGAUCCACCACUGGGAUUUGGCAACAAGUGUCCCAACCGUCUUGCCUACAAGAAACUUAUACGAAUGAAUAUGCCACUCGAUGAUGAAUUAAGAGUACAAUUCACUACAACAUUGUUUGCACUGAUUCGGGAGAAUCUGAGCAUUAAAAUGCGAGCUCCUGAGGAAAUGGAUCAGGCGGAUAUGGAGCUCAGGGAAACGAUCACAAACAUUUGGCCGCUGCAGGCCAAGAAAAUGUUAAACUUGUUGGUUCCACCCAUUGAUCAGUUGAAUAAGGGAAAACUUUCAGUUGGUAAAAUCUAUGCAGGUUUCCUGAUAUUGGAAUCCUGGCGAAAUACGAGAUUUGGUCAAAUUGAUUCAGGCAUGCCGAUGCUGGAACUGCAAGAUGCAUCGAGGCAUCCAUCACAAGAAUCGUUGACUGGCGCCGAUGCGGGCCAUUUACAUCCUGGACAUUCGUACAUGAAUGGCCAUCGGCAUUCGCCUAGUUUGAGACACAACGGCUCUCCAUUAGCAAGAUCUCCAAGUCCUAGACGGCGUGGCCAUCAAUACAUACAUCAUGAUAUCGGAUUCUCCGAUACCGUAUCUAAUGUUGUAGAGAUGGUCAAGGAGACUCGCCAUCCCAACAGGCAUGGCAACAGCCAUCCACGGUAUCCAAGAGGUUCAUGGUCAGCAUCGACAAGUCCGGCCCGUUCGCCUUCGCCUUCUCGUUACGGUGGUCAUUUGUCUCGCAGUAAACGCACUCAACUGCCUUAUCCCACAUAUGGGACAACAAGUUUAUGUCAAAGAUCACGAUCGCCGAGUCCCGCUCGACUUCAGGAGAUGCGUGAACGAGACAGACUUGGUUAUGGGAUUGAUAUGGGUGGCACCCAUGUGCAGCACAGCUACCCGACGCUAGCCUCUCGGAGGGCUGGCAUUGGGCGACGCCUACCACCGACUCCAAGCAAACCGUCGACAUUGCAGCUUAAGCCAACCAAUAUUAAUUUCCCCAAACUGAAUGCGAGUCCUACACACACGCAUCACUCAACACCUCACAGUGUUCACUCGCUGCCACAUCACCGCGACCUACUGCGGGACCCAAGAGACGUGUAUUAUAGUAGAAGAGAGCGCGAGUGUGAUCGAGAACGCUUUAGAGAUCGCGAUCGAUUACAUGAGUACGAUCUGCGAUACGAGUAUCGAGAUCGGGAACGAGAGUUAUACGAGCGUGAAUGCGAUCGUGAACGGGAAGUGGAAAGAGAAAGACUGGAAUACAUAGCACCGUUAUCGUUUGAACAAGCGCUAGCUAUGGGCCGAACGGGUCGUGUACUGCCAUCUCCGGUUCUUAAUGGUUUUAAGCCAAAGAGCGGACUUAAUACUCGACAUUCCGAUUCGGAUGAGGAGGAUUGGUGCUAGCAAAGGCUUUGAUUGCGAUCGCGUAAUCGAAACGAACAGAUCUGGGUAUAGCAUCACGCCAUUUGCUCAUCGUUAUCAGCACCAAAUUUAGAUCACAAUUUUGAUACGAUACGACGACGAAAUGAGAAUCGUUAUUAUAAUACCACCAUGACAACAACAACAACAACUGCAAAAGCAACAGCAACAACAACACCAGUAACAUCAAUAAUAGCAACAGGAGCAUCCAAUAUCAAAUUGUCUCUAGAAAAUUCAGAUCCAAAUCGUCAGCCGCAAUCGCAAAACAAAAACCUAACGAAGAAACAUCCAGUCACAUCCAGUUCCGAGUAUUACUCGUAUAGCGACGCUUCUCCAUUGAAAUUGACUGUUCCAAUAAUGACAGUGUCAUCAUUACCAGUAACAAGAACGACAUCAUCGCAAUCGGAUAUAUUAGUAAACAAGCAACACAGAAAAAAUAUAGCAACUGCAAAUGCAACUGCAACUGCAACUGCAACAACUGUAACACCAAUGACACCAACAAAUCAAACAAUGAUAUUACCAAAUACAAUAACAACAUCAGUAGAUAUUAAAAGGGUUUAUUCGGAUAACAAUAUUAAUUAUAAUAGCAUCACAGCUAACGAUAGAUUUACCUUAUCUGCCGACUUAGAAGAUCAUCAUUAUCACGAGCAUUACCAAAAUCAGGAUCAUCACAAUCUAAUACAACAAGAACGAGAACAAGAAGAACACCAACAGGAACAUCAAAUGGAUUGGUAUCAUACACUUUAAUAGCAAAAAAAAAAAAAAAAACAACAAAAUCCAGAACCAGAACGCGCUGAAAUGUAUAAAAAACAAAAACAAAAACUUAGAACAAAAAAAACAAUGGAAAGGAAAGGAACACAGAAAAGUGAAUAACUAGUAAAUGACAGAAACGAUGUGAAACAAAAACAGAAAAAAAAAACGUAUUGUAUGUAGGUAACACCUAAAAAUCUUUUGAACAUAUUUAGAAUAUAGAAUAUAAGUAGGUAGUAUCUAUGUAUAUGUACAAUAUGUAGGUACUCGCAUACAUUAUAUACAUAAUAAGUCUAGUAGUCAUCUAGUACAUAUUUACAUGCAUAAAACUUGAUGAAUCUGUAAUCCAUUUACAAGCGUUUUUGUCUUGUUUAUAUAUAUUUAAAGUUAAUAAUUCAAUUAUGUACAUUCAAAUGCAGAACUAUGUAUAUUUAUUAUUAUACGAUUGUGUAUAUUAACAAAUAUUAUUAUUAUUGUAGGUAUCAAAUUUUUGUAUUAUGUAUUAUGUAUUUAUGUACGACUACGAGUAUACUACAUAGCAGCAAAAAAAACAAAAAACAAAACCAAAAAAAAAAACAAGUGAGCGCGUUUUAAUCACCUACGGAUGCAUUCGAUUCGAUAGUAUAUACACAUAUACAUAAAUAUAUAUAUAUAGAAAGAGAAAGAGAAAGAAAAAGAGAAAGCGGCGGGGAUAUUCUUUUGAUUAAUAAGUACAUGAGAUAAACACUUGCCGAAGUGUGCAUGAAAUAAUGUUAAGAGUUGAUCGUUUUGUGAAUUUGGUGACUGUUUUGUGUGAUUGAGUCUGUUUUUUGGAAUAUUUGUGAUCGAGUGAGUGAAUGAGUGACUUGUGUGUAAAUCUUAGGCAAUGUAUGAGUAAAACCAACUAUAAUUAAAUUGUUUUUUUUUGUCAUGUAUAUUUAAUUUUUUUUGUUUUUGGGAAAUUGUUUUUCUGACUUUCGAUAACUGCGAAAUCAGCAACUAUAAAUUCCAUACACAUAGCGAGUAAUAUAGAUUUUUCUGUUGCUGAUUCCGAUUCCACAAAUAGAAGUGCAUUAUGUUGUUGAAUUUUGUCGUCUUCCUUUAACUAAAUACUACAAACAAUAUAUAGACAAAGAAAAGAAGGAUCUACUCUCAUACAAUAUGUAGGAUGAUAAUACUACAAACAUACUUAUUACAUACAGAUUUAUGUUAUACUGUUGUUAAAAGACAAAAACAAUCCUCUAGAAUAUGCAAAUAUAUCUUUUCGCGUCAUUCAUUUGUUUCGUGAUUCGCGUUUCGCGUUUCAUCGUACAGACCUCUUUGUAUCUUUGCAUAUGCACACAAACAUAUUCUUGCGUACACACAUAGACAAUGUACAUGCAUACAUACUUGUGUGUACAUGGUAUAUAAGUAUGUAUUUGAGUACAUACUUAUACGAUGAUAAUAUGUAUAGAUACAUUUUUUCAGCGAAUCUUGCAAUAGAAAUGCAGCUAAGUGACAACAAAAACAAAACAAAGCAAGCAAAAAAAAAAAAAAAAAAAACAAGCUUGAACAUAACUUUAACAGAUAUACAUACAUCUAUAACAUAUAGACACACACUAGUGACAUUCUAAAUCAAAAACCAAUUAGCGUAUAUAUAGUUGAAUCUAUAAAUCAACAUCUGGAUGUUGAACGCCGGAAUAUUAAAGAGCGCACAAAUAUUGUACUUUAACAGAUGAAAUCCAUAACUUAAGUAAAUAAAUAAAGCAAAAAACAAACAAAAAAAUCGUGAAGCAGCCAUGCGAAA